AUGCCGUCCGCUACAGCAUCUGGCUCUGACGCCAAAGGCGAUGGUGCGCGAUCGCGUGAACAUAAUCAGGGCAAUCAGGACCGCAAAUUCACCCCCGACCAGAAGGCCGCUGUGUUGCGAAUUCGAAAAUGUACCCCGACGGCGUUCUAUGAGAUUUUGUUGAUCGAGCGCACGGCGACAGACAGCGAGAUCAAGAAGGCAUACAGGAAACAGAGUUUGUUGACACAUCCGGAUAAGAACGGAUAUGACGGUGCGGACGAGGCGUUCAAGAUGGUGUCACGCGCAUUCCAAAUUCUGUCCGAUUCCGAUAAGAAGUCUCGCUAUGAUAAGUUUGGAGGAGAUCCGGACAGCAGAUUUCAACCUAGUCCUAGCGCCUCCUCAGGUGGUGGUGCCUCACCGUUUGGCGGUGGUGGUGGAUUUGGCGGCGGCGGGUUUGGACGUGGUGGUGGUGGAUUCGACGACGAAAUCUCCCCAGAGGAGCUGUUCAAUCGGUUCUUCGGCGGUGGUGGCGGCGGGUUUGGUGGUGGAUUUGGAGGUCCCCAGUUCGUCUUCAAUAUGGGUGGUGGCCCAGGGUUCCGAGUGCACCAAUUUGGAGGAGCUGCGCCGAGACGACGACCUCGUGCCACCAACUCAGGGCAGCCACAACCUCCUCCUGAUGCAUGGUCUAUUCUUCGCCAAAUCCUGCCUCUGCUUAUUCUUUUCAUUCUUCCUCUCCUCUCGUCCCUUUUCUCCGGAUCUUCCCCAGCUGGUCCCACCUACCGAUAUGAUACGGCCAAACCACCUCACACCAUGGGUCGCACAACUCCCAAGCUUAAUAUCAACUACUUUGUUAAUCCACUAGAUGUGGAGGACUUAAGUCCCCGCAAACUCCGACAACUGGACUCGCGAGUGGAAGUUGAUUUUGUAUCAGGGCUUCGAUUUGAAUGCGAGAGCGAGGUGAAUUUGCGAGACCGGAAAAUCCAAGAGGCGCAAGGAUGGUUCUUCCCUGAUGUGGACAAGAUGAAGGAGGCCCGAGGAAUGGAGUUGAAGGCAUGCCGCAAGUUGGAAUCACUUAGAGGAAAGAUUUAA